AUGAAUAAUAUGGAUACUGAUGAUGAUCAAAGUUCACCCGACAUUUAUUCGGCUCAACCAAAUGUAAUGACAACAACAGUAGCACCAAAUCAGUUUUUACUAUCAACUUACAAAGAAAAUAUCCGUGCGAAUAUUGACAAUGAUAUUGAUGAUCAUUUAGCAGCAGUUUCAAUGAGUAUACUUGGCAAUAUAAAAUUAAGUACAUCAUCAUCAUAUAAAUGUUGUUUAUGUCGAAAAAUAGUUGACGAUGCGACAUUGACAUGUGCAAAAUGUGUCAAUACAGGUCGUUUUUGUCCGUUGAAACAUGAUAAUUGUUCAAAUAAACGAAGACAAGCAUUAGCGAAUAUGUUAAAUUCAAGUGAUUUUGAAGAAUUUCAACAGUAUUCUAAUAAAUAUUCGAUUAAUUCACCGCCUCAUUUACAAUGUUCUGAUCGAAUGUUUUUCUUAAAAAAGUUUAACAUAGAAAAAAAGAAUUUACAAGCCGAAUAUCAAACUAAAGUGGAACCAGUAUUUCAACUGCAUCAAAUGUCUGAAGAAAUUCUAAUACGAAAAAAUCGUCUUAAUCAUGUUAAUAAAUCUAUAGAAAGAUUACGAGAACAAAUUAAAAAAGGCCAGAAGGCCAAUGAUAAAAUUCGCGAGCGUAUGGGUACACAAAAUCAACGAAUAAAAUUUAUUAGCAAAAAGGUUGAUGACAUAAAAAUGGUACUAAUUUCAUCGAAUGAAGAAAUAGGAAAAAAGGAUCGUAAACGAAUAGACCAUGAAAAGAAAUUACAUAUAAUUCGUCGACAACGUCUUAAUGAAGUAUAUAAAUAUAUAUUUCCUAUCGAACAUCUAUCCUCAAUUGAAGAAGAUCUUGCAUCAACAUUAAGAGCUCUAUCAAGUGCUCAACAACCCAUUGCUGACGAAGCAAAUAAUAAUAAUGAUUGGUCUGAAAAUGAUGAUAUUUUAGCUGCAGGAGGCGGUAGAUAUCAAAUUGUUAAUUCAUGUUUACCUGCUAAUGGAGACUAUCAAAUUGCUAAACUUCUUUCAACACUUGAUGUCAAUAAUAAAUCUCCUGAUAUGGAUUCUUUUCAAACAACACUUACACAUGAAUUAUACGAAGCUCUUUCCGCUCUAUCACAUGCUUGUCAAUUAAUCAAUGUCAUUGCAUUUUAUCUUCAUAUCGCCUUACCAUUUCGUUUACAUCAAUUGGAAUUCAACGGGGAUAAUUUAACAACCGAUCGUCUUCGUGCGGACAUUGCUAAACUGAAUGCAAAUAUAGUUACUAGUUGUUUAGCACAAGAUAUACCAAUAGAAAAUACUCAUGUAACAUAUACAAUGGAAAAUCUAUUGAAAUUACUUACAUUUAAAGAGUAUCGUAGCCGACCAAAACCAGUGUUGUAUUUACAGUCGUAUAUUGAUAUGAUGGAAGAGGAGGUCAAUGAAAUAAGUCGAGCUUAUGUUACUGAUUAUUGGUUUGAUGAUGUUGAAAAAGAUGUCAUGGAUAUUUUAACUGGUGAUGAAUGGGAAACAAUAUCACAUGAUUACAAUAUACCGGAUGAUCCAUCUAUUCAUGAACGUAUGUCUUCAUCGCCGUCGAUAUCUAUUCCACAUCCUCAUUCUACUAUGAACGGUUCAAUUGGCUAUUUGAAAACUAUAAGCUCAAGUGUCUUCAAUUCAUUUUUUAAUUAUACUGGAAAAUAA